UGCUGAGCCGCGGUGUGAAAGGCCGCAGACACAACGUGCAGCGGCGAGCUGGCCGUCCAGAGCAGCAACACUCUCUAGCACAACGUGGUACCAACUUUCCGGCAUGGGGAGCGCCCGCCUGCUGCUGCUGGUGCUGCUGCCUGCCCUGCUGGCUGGGGGGUGCGCGGACGGCGCCAGGAUCCUGGCCGCGGUGCCGUUCCCCAGCGUCAGCCACCAGUACCCCCUGCGGAUGAUCGUCCUCGAGCUGGUCAAGCGCGGCCACGAAGUCACCUUCAUCACCACGGACCCCAUCAAGAAAAACAUCGCAAAUUACACGGAGAUUGACAUAUCUCCUGCGUACAGGUACCUGAGGAAGACCUUCGAUUGGAUGGAAAUGGCGAAACAUGCUUGGGACCCAGUCGAGAUGUUAUGGGGCAUGGAGGACAUGGCAGGUCCCAUCUGUGAGGAUGGCCUCAAGAGUCCGGAAAUGCUCAAGUUCCUAAAGUCCAACAAGCAGCGGUACGACCUGGUGAUCGUGGAGCGCCUGCUGACGCCGUGCUUCUACGCGCUGCAGCACCUCGCCGGCUCGCCGCCGCUGGUCGGCUUCGUGUCGCUGGGCGCCUACCCCUACACCCACUGGAGCCACGGCAGCCCCGACAACCCGGCCUACCUGCCCAGCUGGGUGCUGCCCUACUCCGACCACAUGACCUUCUGGCAGCGCCUCUACAGCACCUACUUCUGGCUCUACCUCAACUACGUCUGGUUCUACGUCGUGCUGCCGCGGCACGACAAACUCCAAAAGCAGUACUUUGGGCCCGAGGUUCCGUCCAUCUAUGAACUCGAGAGAAAUUUCAGUUUCAUGAUUCUCUCCAAUCAUUUCAUCGAAAACUACCCCAGGCCGAACCUGCCAAAUUUCAUCGAACUGACUGGACUCCAUGUGAAACCGGAACUGGAGCCUCUUCCGAAGGAUAUACAGGAGUGGCUGGACGGGGCGAAAGAGGGUGUUAUCUACUUCAGCCUGGGGACCAACGUGAUCGGAAGCACGAUGCCACCAGAGAAGAGGCAGGCUUUCCUCGACGCCUUCUCCGAGCUGCCACAGAGGGUGCUCUGGAAGUGGGAGAAGGACGACGCGACCGUUCUCCCGGCCAACGUCAAAACCUCCAAGUGGCUGCCUCAGCAGUCUGUCUUAGCGCACCCGAAGGUGAGGCUCUUCAUCACGCAAGGCGGCCUGCAGAGCUUCAACGAGGCGUCCUACCACGGCGUCCCCCUGAUAGGGAUCCCGUUCCACGGCGACCAGCACCACAACGUGGCCAAGAUGGUGGCCGCCGGCAUCGGCUACGAGCUGCAGUUUCGUCACGUCACCAAAGACACUGCGUUAAAAGCCAUCAAGACAGUGCUCGAGGAUAAAAGCUACCGGGAGAACAUGAAGAAGCUGUCGGCGGUGUACCGCGAGCACCAGGCGGAGUCUCUGCCGCGGGCCGUCUGGUGGAUCGAGUACCUGUUGCGGCACAACGGGGCGCCGCACCUGCAGAGCGCAGCCUCACAGCUCAGCUGGUACCAGCUGCUCCUGCUGGACGUGCUCGCCUUCCUGCUGGCCGUGACGGCGGCCGCCGCGUACGCCGUCUACGCUCUGGCCAGAUACGCCAUUUCGUUCGCCACCAAAACACCAAAAGUGAAGAAGCACUAAGUUUCUUAACGAACUUCAUCCAAUCAUUCGGAGCAGUUUCCAAAGUGGAUCAAGAUGUCGACUCAGUCUACAGCUCCAUGUAGUGUAUUUCUCGUAUACAUGCUGCGUUUUAAGUGUGUUAUAGCACAAGGUCUAAACCCGAGAGCUCUCAUUUAUCGCGUCACUGUGAUAAUAUGAAAACCUGUGUCAGUAGUUCACGCUGAAGUAAAUAAAUCUAGUCAUAGAAUAGUAUCAAACACAGAGUAGCUUUAUGCGCAAAUAAAUUUUUUCCU